AUGAAAAUCUAUGAACCUAAUGAAGAAAAAACGAGCGUGGCGCAUAAUCUCAAACCACGGGGCAACCUUGGGAGUUGAAAAUAAGUUGUUAACUGGAGGUUGCGCAUUGUCUCGACGCAUCGGACACAAAUGCCAUAGCUUCGCGCAGAUGCACUGGCUCUUUGUUGAUGGCCAUUUUGGUUAAGUCGUUUGUCAUUUCAACGUGUUUUUAAUAACAGUGAACAUCUAUGUCGAAAAAUGAAUACCGGUUUCGCGAUAAACGACAUCUUAUGCGAAAUAAGAAAGAAGAAAUUGGCGUACGACACUUUUUCGGCAAGUGAACAACUACUAAUAAAGGAGAAUAGAAACAAACCUGAUUUAGAUCUUCAACAUCAUGAUGGUGGUACUGCCAAGAAAUUUAACACCCAGUGGUAUGAUGAUUAUCCAUGGCUCUGUGGAUCUAAGACUUUCAACAGAUUGUUUUGUAUUGCUUGUGCUUUGUACGGUGGUGAUCAAGCCUGGGGUUUCGAUGGCAUAGAAGUCAUAAGAAAAUUUCAUGAACGGGCCAAUAAACAUCAGACAACAAAAAUCCACUGUACAAACAUGGAACAAUACGUUUUAGCAGGUAGAGCACGCAAAGUUCGUGGAAGUGAUGAUGAGAAAAAAAAGGAGAUGGGCCAGAUGCAGCGCAAGGAAAUUUUAUCGAGAUUAAUCGAUUUAAUCAUAGCUGUCAACAGAUACGGAAGAUGCGGUGAUAUUUUUGGUGAAAAUUCAGUAGGACAAAUGAUGUUGAGAAAAUAUCUCUGCGAUAUCUCACUGUACAGGCAAAUUUACAUGGAAGUGAAUGAAACGCUGAUCAAAACUAUGGAAUCUAGGAUGUUCGCGGAUAUCAAGAAGGAACUAUCCCAAACAGAAUUCUGCUCUUUGCUGAUAGACGAAAUUCCUACCAGAGAUAAAGAGUAUAGUGUAAUGGUGAGGUACAUCCACGGAGGCAAGGUCAAGGAGCGCUUCGUCGGGUUCUACAAAAUCGUCCAGAUAUUCGACCUGGCCCAGAUUUUCAACCAAGUUACCGGGGAUGUCCGAAAAGCUGUAUGCCACAGCUACGACGGUUGCUCCGCCAUGAAACCUCUACGUCUUGGCAUCAAAAGCAUCAUGCCCAAACUGCUAUACCUACCCAGUCAUCUACACGCACUCAGCGCGCUAGUCCUACAGAAUUUGGAGAGUAUCGAUGAGUUCCGAACGUUUGUAAGAAACGUAUCUUACGUAUGUAAUUUUUUCAAGAGUCCGAGGCGAAGUUACUACCUGAAGAAGAGUAACAUGGCCGCUCCACUGGAAACUGAGACUUUGUGGCGUUUCCACUCCAAUGCUAUCCUUAAUUUGAGGGUGCAUAGAUACCGCAUUCUUAAGGUAGUAAACAGUAUCUUUCUGGAUCCUAACGUGGGCGAUUUGGACAUGGUGAACUCUGCUUAUUGCGUCCAGAAAAUCCUCAAUUGUCCCUUGUUUGCCAUGUUCUGUUCACUCUACGCUAAGGUCUACAUAUACAUCAGCCACUUGUCUAACACGUUCCAAAAAAAACUAGGCGAAGACGACCUCAUCCAAGAGGUGCUGCAGGUAAUCAAGAGCAUAACCAACUUGAAGACAUCCGUCACCAUAACUCUGUGUAUCGAAGAAAACAAGGCCAUGAUGUCUUCUGAAGGCGCUGCCGAAAAGACGAAGGUGUUCAAGAGCUGCGCACCUAACAUCCUGGGUCUCAUCGUCGUGCAGAUAUCUGAAAUCUUCUUCGACCUCAAACACCUCAAGUUCGUUCGACUUUUAGACGAAACCAAAUUCACCAGCUACUGGAAUAGAUUCCCGAAGACUCUAUUUGCAGACUGCAUGGAUUUCUACAAGACUUUCUUCGAUUCGAGUCGCUUGGAAGAGGAGUUGAUGAAGAUUUACGCCGAUGCGCAAAAGAGGUUGAAUCCCUACGCGCUCUUUUGUUAUUUGUACGAUAACGAAUUGGCGGACGUGUACAAAGAGACUUACAGGUUGCUCAAGUUGUAUCUAACUUAUCCUUUGUUGAAGGUUAACAAUUCGGGCACGUGUACAGUUGGUAAGUUGAGGAAAUUCUUGGAUUUGCCGGAGAACCAGAUGAAAUCUGCUGUAUUGUAUGUGGAUGCCUAUCCGCAAGCAACUUCUGCAUAUGCUGAUUUCAAGAAGAAUGUUGUUGAGAGUAUGAGUUGAGUUUUAGUGUGAGAAAAAUGAAGUGGCUGCAAGGUUAGUGAUUGUGAGGAAUAGAGAUGGGCAAAAUUGCAUGAAUAAAGAUGGAAUGACGCCAGGGAAGAAAGAUUUUCAUUUUAAAAGGUACAAGGUGUCCCAAAUUCAAUGCUCACUGAUAGAAUCUCGAGAACCAUAAGACUUGGAGAGAAAAAAUCUUCAAGGAACGAUCUUUCGAAAUAUCAAAAUAUCAGAAAGCGGAUCACAGAUAUCUUGAUUCGUUCUCGAGUUACAGGGCGUUUCUGAAAAAUGAUUUCCCAAUAUCUCGCUAUAUUUUGGUUUAUGUUCUAGAUUAAAAAAUUCUAAAACUGUCCUUUAUAUCUUUAAAAGAGUAAUGUAUUUCUAGGAUCUGUCAUGCAUAUCACCAAAAUUACUGGAAAAAAGUUUUAUAAAUUUUCGAAUAUCUUGAACAGAAACCAAGAUAAAGCAAAAUAUUUUCAGAGAGGCCCUGUAGCUCAAAAAUGAAUCAAGAUAUAUAUGACGUGCUUUCUCAUAUCUUAUUAUUUCGAAAAAAGAGAUCGGGUCUUUGAAGAUCUUUUGUUUUAGAAUAGAUUUUUUCUCUUAUAGUAGUCCUCGAAGUGCUUUCAGUGAGCAUUGAUUUUGAAACACCUUGUACAUAGCACUCGUAGUCUCGAUUAUUUUUCUCUAGAAAGUGAUGAGGUGUUAUAUUUACUUUUUUUUUUUGACUCAUGGAAUCCAGUUACGUUGCGAGAUAUGAGUGUUUCCUCCUCUUCUUUUGCUUAAGGUUCCUAAAGACGAAACUGUGUAAAACCAAUUGAAGAAUUUAAAGGACAGUCAUAAACUUUAUUUUAUUUGCAUCUAGUGCCAUUUUUGGUAAGAAAGUAAAUCUUGUAGACACUGUAAUGAAAGACUGAUUUAUUGUAUAACAUUUCAAAGCGGAAGAAAAAUUUCUGAAAUUAUAAAGGGUAAAUUAAUGAUAUAAAUUACCUUUAAAAACGAAAAUUCACUAAAUGUUUGUAUUUUUCAUAAAAAUAACAUUUUCCUAUGUAUAUAUGUAUCUAUUUUUGAUAAUAUACUUCGUCCUUACGUUCAUGAAAAGCUAUUUUAUAUGUACAUAUUUCAUUUCAGUUCAAAUUGUUAACUUAAGUUGUUUUAUGAUAUUAUAGUAAUUUAAUUUGAUUGAAGUUUAGAAAU